AUGCAAAUGAAUACAGGUCUCACUCCCAGUGUGGUUGCACAUGCACACUGCCAUUUUUGUGUCUGCCACCAGGACGUUUGCCUCGUCAAAUGUUCACUCAUUCAUUUGUUACACUCCACCCUGAUCCUUGAUGAUCACAGCAUGGACAAGGUCUCGUUGUGUGAUAUACCCAGUGUCGUCAGAAGUCUCAUCAUCCACUUCGCCAGAUGGGAUGACAUUUGUCUGGUGUCAUACGUCCUUUAUAUGGUGUGGGACGACGUCAACAACAACGGAUUGCAGGCUGAUCACCUCUGUCACUGUUCCUUCUUGGAAUCUUCAAGUGCAUCGAUAAUGGGGCGUUUUGACCCACACAGAGUCUCCCAAACGGUAUCUGUUUUGUGCAGUGGCCGAUUGACACUGGUCACUCCCCUGCUAGUCAUGUUCCUUCCGUCAACAGUCAGUACAUCCGUCCUACGUCCAUUCGGUGAACCACAAACCAAACUCUGGCAGUCUUACGUCACAGUCAACAUCGAAAUGAACAACACGUGUGACUUUCGCACAACUGUACAACUUUCCCCUGUUUACCCUCGCAAAGUCUCAGCUUUUAUGCCGUUGAGGUAUACGCUUAUGCAAAUGAAUAUGGGCCUCGCUCCCAGUCUGGUCGCGCACGUGCACCUCCAGUUUUGUGUUCGCCGCCAUGACGUUUGCCUCGUCAAACUGAAACAAUGUGUGCAUUACUGUGUGCUGUCAGUCAAGAAAUCAAUUGACCUGCAUUGUUUUUUCAUCACAAAUAAAUCAAUUCAAUGUGAAGAGAUGAUAACAUGA